AAUUUGGUUCAUCAGACAACAAUCUGUUCUCAACUUGGUUAUCUGCUCGCUCUUCCCCACUUUAAAAAGGCCUCGCGUCUUCACGUGACCCAGCUGAGCACGAGGACUCCAGCGCACCUGCAUUUAUCCACUUAAUUAAUCAAACCUGUCGUUUCGGUCUCGUUCAGACCAAACAGUCCGCUGGUAUUGACAGUGAUGAUGGCUGAAUCUCGGAGGAUUCAGUUGACCACGUUGUCCUGUGAUGCAGCCUCACCUUCAUCCACUGUAGCGCCAGCCUCGGCCCCUACACCUCCGCCAGGUGUUCAGCAGGAGAAAGAACCCCGUCCAGGCGUCGACACAGUCCGACUGGUGCUCUCAUUGUUUGAGUCUGACGAGAGGUGUUUCCCGGAGUUCAGCUACAGUCAGCUCGUUGAAAAGAAGAGCAAAUGCACAAAAGAAAAAGUCCCACUGAGCAGAUUUGAAAAGGAAGAAAAGAUAGAAGAUGAUGAGAUGGCUGCUAUUGCAAAGAAGCUGGAGGAGAAAUAUGGCAACAAACCGAAGAAAAAGAAGGACCGCAUUCAAGAUCUGAUUGAUAUCGGAUAUGGUUAUGAUGACGAGGAUUCUUUUAUUGACAACUCAGAGGCUUAUGAUGAAUUUGUGCCAGCUUCCAUCACAACCAAAUUUGGAGGGUUUUACAUAAAUUCAGGCGUGCUGCAGUUCAGACAGACUUCUGACACUGAGGACCUCACACAGGAUGGGAACACACCUGAGCACUCCAAGAAACGCAAACUAAAUGGUGUCAAAGACAAACCAAAGAAGAAGCCAUGCAGAGAGGAUGGAGAGAUGAAAGUUGAGGUGGAUCUGGAGUCAAGCACUUUGCCUAAAGUUAGACCAAACAGCGAGAUGAAGAAGAAAAAGAAGAAGAAAGUGUCUGGAACGUUAAGCGUCACCAGCAUGUUGAAGAAGUUUCAAAGAGAGAAAGAGAAGGACCGACAGAAAACGGACAAAGCGAAUCAGAGGACGGCUGCUGUCAUGGGAGUACCCUCAAUCCCUCUGUGCCCGGCAGAUGCAGCGGGGGGUGGAGGUUCUGGGCUGACCGACCCCCUCCUCAGUUUAAUCGGAUCAACCAAUGACCACGCUCUGAUUCAGGCAGCCAACGCAGUGGACUUUGAUAUAGAUUUGGACUCUUUGUUAGAGGACAGUGAGGAACUGUCAUCAAAGAUGGGUUCUCAACCUGCAGCAGUGGUGCAGCUUUGCCAACCAAAAACUGAAGACCACACUGAGUCUGAUGCUGCUCCCCCUGAAGCCCAAGCUCAUAACACAAAGACUAACCUGCAGCUGAAGCCUCAACCUGAGCAAAUCCAGCUCCUGCCACAGACCAGUUCUACCUCAGCUCAGUGUGUCCCACUGCCAGAGGGACUUCCUGCAGGACUGGAAGGCAGCAUUCAAAAACUCAUGGUGGCUGCAAAGACCUCAGAGGGCGAGUCAAAGCUCAAAUUCUUCACUCCAGAGAUCAACUCCAUCCUGCUUAAUAUUGAGCUGCAGUGUCGGGAGCAGGGUGGACAGCUGCGCUCCAAGGUGUACUCUCACCUGACGUCCUUCCUCCCCUGCAGCAGAGACACGCUCCUCAAACGUGUGAAGAAGCUGUUAGUCGCACACACGGAGGAGCCGCCAAAUGUGGAGGAUCCAGUGCAUAAACUCAAAGAGGCCGUUAGCAAAGAGAAGGAGCCCCCCAAUGUGGAGGAUCCAGUGCAUAAACUUAAGGAGGCCAUCGGAAAAGCCAUGCCCGAGCAGAUUGCAUGUUUCCAUGAAAACUGUCAAGCAUAUGAACAAGUCAAGGCGUCAAAAGCAACAGAAGAGGAGAAAGAAGGCAGUCAGAAGAUGAAUGUUGGCCCAGAGGACAAUGUGGAGGAGAAAGGUGGGAAAAGAGGAGGACCUAAGAAGUUGUUCAAAUGGAAUGAAGAGAUCAGGGAGUGCCUGUGUAAUGUGUUGAAAGUGAAAAUGGAGGCACAUAAUAAAGAAAGAAAAGGGAGCCAGGAGAUGGAGGAGUACCUUAAGACCCUGUUGGACAAUGAAGUGAAACCGCUCUGGCCAAAAGGGUGGAUCCAGUCAAGGGUGCUCGUAAGAGAGAGCAAGAAAAUGUUGGGCCUCUCUACGUGUCCACUAGUAAAGAGGGCGAGGCCGGAGAAGAAGCAGCAGCAGCCAUCUAUCUGUGGUCCUCCUGUUAUGUCAGGUGCUUGCAGCGUUGUCCAGGGAUCUCCACUGCAGCCUCAAGAAACAGAUGACGUCUUCAUAGUGGAUCCAGUUAUCUCAACUACUGUAUCACUGGGGGGUGUGAAGAAGGAAGUUGCAGCCUUACCAAAAGUGAAGGAUAAAACAGGAGGAGGUGUGGCAGCAGGUGUUUCCUUGACCCCUGCUGAGUCAGGUGGACCCCCAGUCAUCACCACGUCUGCUCCCACUCCUUCACUCCUGGACCUCCUGGCCGAUCAGGCUCUGGCGCAGCAGCAGCCUCUGUCUGUGUCGCAGGAGCUCCUGGCAGCAGCUGUUGCGAAAUACCAACAUUCAGUUCGACACUGGAGCUUCGGGUUUGACCUCAAAAGUCCUCCUCUUCCUCCUCCGCCUCCUCAGUCCAGCCCCGUCAGUUUCCCUGUGAGCGGGGCGUGUCAGGUCGUUGUGCCACAGUUGCUGCAGAUUGGAGACUUUGCCCGGAACAUGAAUGCUGGACAAGCUCUGAUCAUCUCGGAUGACUCUGACACAACGAUUCAGUGACUAACUACGAUGCAGACGGACACACAAUCAAGAGCUGUUCCUUAACAAAGACUUGGACACCCAACGGAAAACUUCCUCUUGUUCUACCAAACCUGAUGAGUGAUGAUUUUGAUGUUUACAGUGAACAGCUUGUUGACUUUGACAAUCCAGCAGAAGUUUAUAAGUUUACAUCAGUGUGAUAUUUUGUCUGCAGUUAAAGCUGUGGUCUCAGCAGAAUGUGUGUUCAUGUGCUGUCUGUCAUUUUAACUUGUAUUUGAAUACAUUAAUGGUCUUUGAUGGGAAGAAACUUGUCACUGAAGCCAGUAGAGAAAAAACAAGAUUUUCCAGAAUAAAUCCUAAAUUUCUAAAACCAAUGAAGUCGUAAUUCAACAAGAAUCAGGUCAUCAUUUUAGUCAAUGGUUGACCUAGACUUUAUUCCUAUCUCAGAUUUAUCCUCAUAAUUUUAUGACUUAAAUCUGGAAAUCUUAAUUUUUCUUCCUUAACUCGGCCCUCAGCCUCCGUCAUAGAAGCAUGUGUGGUGUCAACCCAUGGAAAGAGAAGUAGCACUCUAACUUAUGAGCACAGAGAUGAACAUCCCCCUCCCAAACUUUGACCAUUAUCUAUUUCUAAAUAGAUAUUGAGAGGUUUAACAUCUACUCAUAGAAUUACUUCUCACAAUGACCACUGAGUGAUGGUUUUCUUUGAAAUGUGAAUGAUUUACUUUGAAUUAAUAAAUGAUAAAGAGCUGCCA